AUGGCGGAACUCAAUGUGACUGAUGCUCAAAGGCGGCAGAAAUUAGCAGAAGAGAAUGAUACCAACGAAAUUCAGCAGAGAAUGGGAACAAUCAAGAAUAUUGUUGUAGACUGUGGUAUUCCGGAUGUCCUAAAUGCGAGCAGUACCACUAUGCCUCCCAAUUUAUCUACUCCAAAGCGGAGAAGGGAAAGAAAGUCGAGCUCCAAGCCCUUCAGCGUUCUUUCACCUAACGGCGAGCGAAUUCCAGUUGUUGUUAAACAACCUGGAGGUGGUACCGUGGCCAGGGAUGAGACACCUUCCGAUACGGUAAGGUGGGAUUCUCCAAUCUCUUUGGACCCAGAGGAUUUUGAGCUUGUUCACGAGCGCAAAUCCAAGAAUGCCACAAACGUACGGCAAGCUAGUGCCUCACCUAUCAACAAUCAUAAUGACAAAGUUGAAUGGUACUCGACAGAAAUUGAGAAUGUCGAGUGGUACUCAAAAGAAAAUCAGACUCUAAAGCAGAGACGAUCCAGAGACGUACCAAUCGUACCGAGUGAUAGCGUUUUCUCAAACGCCCUCCAGCAAUAUGGCUCCUUUACUGAUACAAGGGGUAUCCUGCACAGACCUCGCAGCAGAUCGCCUUUCACAAAGCCAGGUCUUUGGGAAGCAAAUCCGGACAAUCCGCACAACAGAGAUCAUGCAAACAAGUGGUACUACGCCCCACGAUCUGUCAACGUGGAUUGGCUCAUCGGACAGCUCGCUUGGGGUGCCCAUUGGGCCGUUCCGGCUGCUUCCGUCGGAGGAACUGAUGGUUUCAGCGCAGUGCACUUCCCAACCAUAGGAACAUUCGCCAACAUUCCAGACGAUUACGACUGA